AAUUGUAUACCGUUCCAAGAAUAUGUAGGCCUAAAUGUUGAGGUCAUAACAUUACCAGCAUGAAAAAGUUGUCCAAGGAGACGAUACAGCUCAUAUCCAGCACGCAGGUUAUAACAUCAGUUUAUUCUGCUGUUAAAGAACUUGUCGAAAACUCAAUCGAUGCUGGAUCAACUAAUAUUGAAGUGAGAUUGGAAAACUUUGGUCUUGGAAGAAUUGAGGUGCUAGAUAAUGGCUGUGGAAUUGCAGUUGGUGAUGAAGAAUUUGUUGCAAAGCCCCAUUAUACCUCAAAGCUGGUAGAUGAUAUUGGUUUGAGAACAUUGUCAACACUUGGUUUUAGGGGUGAAGCUCUCCAUUCAUUAGCUACUGUGAGCAAUUUAUCAUUUUCAACCAAAACAGGGAAUCAGCAGAUUGGCAAGAUGUUUUUUCUUGAUUCUAAUGGCAGUAUUAUCAAGACUAGGCCUUGUUCAAGAGAAAAUGGCGUGAACAUGAUAGCUGAAAAUCUUUUUAAAAACCUUCCAGUCAGAAGGCAAUUUUAUAGCUGUGUUAGAAAAAACAAAGAAGAGUUGAAGAAAAUUGAGCACCUGCUCAUUUCAUAUGGUUUGAUUAGACCAGAAUUGAGAGUUGUUCUGAAACACAAUAAAUCCAUUAUAUGGCAAAAAUCAAAACAUCAAACAACUAAAGAUUCUUUUAUUUCUGUUUUUGGCACUGCUUGUUUUGGCCAAAUGAAAGAAGGAACUGUUGAAGAUAAGAGUGGAAAUAUCACAAUAAGAUUUCUUCUGCCAAGAAAGGAUUGUGUGGAGACUUUGUUCAGGGCUUCAAAUGACCGUACAUUUGUCUUUGUUAAUGAGAGGCUGGUAGAGAUCAAAACCAUUAGCCAGGUUUGUAUGUUUUAUCUAAUUGUAUACUUCAUUUUCUAUUAUGUUUUGCAUAUGCAACUACAUACAAGCGACUUAGAAGCUCAGACAGCUGUGACACGAUUUGUAAAACAAUAUACAUCCUCUUUCAGGCUAUGUACAAGCUAUGUAAUGCCACAUGCAAGCUACAUACCACUACAUAAGGCAAAGGACAUCAACUUUUAAACUCCAUAUAAUGUACAUAAAACAACAUACAAUCUACAUAAAACUACAUACAAGUAACAUGCCACUAUGUAAAAGAUACAUACAUCUACUUACAAGCACCAUUUGAUUACUACAAGUUAUAGCUUAUAACUAACAACUUUAUUACAGUGUCAGGUGAUUUAGCAUUUCUGCUAAUUCUGGACACUAUUGACAUACAGUCUAUAAAAAAGAAAACUUAAUCUAUUAGAAGUAAUAUAUCAAAGUGAAAAUUCAAGAAAAGUUGCAGAGCCUACAAUGUUCAUUGCAUAAUUUGUCUUUAAUAAGUAAAGCCUCAAGGUCCUUUUGUCUAAAACAGUUGAGGAAGUUAUCAAUAUUUGAACUAGCCCUUUCUUUUUCAUUCAGUUUAGUCCAUACAAGAGUUCCUAGGUACCUCAAUGCUUUCCAUACUUAAUGGUUUUAUGGUUUCUAAGAUCAUAUAUAUCUUUUGUUUGGUUUUUCAAAUAAGUCAUUAAUGUACUUUGGACUCAUAUUGUAAUAUGAAAUAGUUUUGAAAGAUACAUGUGAAAUCUCUUGGUUUUAUGAGCAGGGUGACCUUUUGUAAACUAUUCAAAUAUGCUUGUUGCCAAGGCAAGAUUUGUUGGAGGACCCACAUUUUUCUUGCUUUUUGAUUGUUUACUUCUUUUGGCCCCAUUCUUAUAUCCUACUUUUUGGGUUUGGUGAGGAUAAAGGUUACCCUGGGCAUGCUGUCUAGCACCGAUUAGAACAAAUCCUUAGAGAAAAUAACAGAAAAGGGAAACAGAUUUAAUCAGUUUUGCUUGUAUCCUUAGCAACCAAGACGCUAAGCUAAAAUUCCCCUGAUAGCUUUCAAAAAAAAUUUUUUGCUUUUGAGAAUUUUUAGUAACAGGUGAAAUAAAUUGAAAAAUCUAUGCUUCCACUUUUAAGAAAUUAUAGAGUCAUAAACCAUGAUAAUUUUUUGGUGGGACCUGUCCAAUAAAAAAAAUAUGUGUUCUAACUGGCAAUUGUUUCAAAUUCAGGUCAUGAGACAAGGAGGCCUUUUGAUAAAGACUGGUAAUGAUUUGAAGCAUCACAGUACUAACUUUAUACUAACUCGUUUGGGUUUCUAGGUUAUUAAAGCAACAUAUCUUGAAUUCAAUGCUGCAGUAUCCAAUAGAUAUCUGACUGUGUUCA